AUGUUCGACCCCUCUGGACCCCCGGCCGCCGGCUACAGCGAGCACUGCUGCCUGCACCCCCCGCACGGAGCAGCCCCCGCCGCCCCGGGACCGCCAGGGCUGGAUUUCCCCGUGUGCCACCAGCCCGGGCAGCGCGGCUAUGGGCUGGCCCCAGGAGCUGAACACGCCGGGGAUGGCUCCCGGUUCUCCACGCCCCGAGGCGCAGGGAAGCUGAGCAAGAAGCGAGCCCUGUCCAUCUCGCCCCUGUCCGACUCCAGCAUCGACCUGCAGACCGUGAUCCGCACCUCGCCCAACUCCCUCGUGGCUUUCAUCAACUCCCGCUGCGCCUCCUCUGGCGGCUCCUACGGUCACCUGUCCAUCAGCACCAUCAGCCCCUCCCUGGGGUACCAGAGCCCACCUGGGCAGCACAAGGGCCAAGGGCACCUGUACACACCAGCCCCAGCCUGCAGCUCCCACGAGGUGCCCACACGGCCGGGGCUGCUGCAGCACCCACCUGCUCGAGGGGCACUGAAACACUGCCAGCAGCUGAAGCUGGAGUGGAGCCUGAGCAGCCCCCUGAGUGCCAAAUUCCCAGAGGAGCGAUCUGAGGGUGACAUCUCCAGCCCAGCAUCCACGGGCACCCAGGAGCCCUUGCUGGGCAUGCUGGAUGUCCGGGAGGAGCUGGAGAAGGAGGAUGGCAAAGCCGAGUGUGAGGCUGUGUAUGAGACCAACUGCUACUGGGACGGCUGUGCCAAGGAGUUCGACACCCAGGAGCAGCUGGUGCACCACAUCAACAACGAGCACAUCCACGGUGAGAAGAAGGAGUUCGUGUGCCACUGGGCAGCGUGCUCACGGGAGCAGAGGCCCUUCAAGGCUCAGUACAUGCUGGUGGUGCACAUGAGGCGCCACACGGGGGAGAAACCUCACAAGUGCACGUUUGAGGGCUGCAACAAGGCCUAUUCCCGCCUGGAGAACCUCAAGACGCACCUGCGCUCGCACACGGGGGAGAAGCCCUACGUGUGUGAGCACGAGGGAUGCAACAAAGCCUUCUCCAACGCCUCUGACCGUGCCAAGCACCAAAACCGCACCCACUCCAACGAGAAGCCCUACGUGUGCAAGAUUCCCGGCUGCACCAAGCGCUACACGGACCCCAGCUCCCUGCGCAAACACGUCAAGACCGUGCACGGCCCCGACGCCCACGUCACCAAAAAGCACCGGGGGGACGUGGGGCCGGGCCGGGCACUGCCCACCCCCGGUGCCCCCCCGGAUAUGAAGCAGGAGAAGGAGGCAAACGGCCCCAGCGAGGCUCAGAAGGACGAUGGGAAACUCCUGGUGCCUGAGCUGGCCCUGAAGCCCCAGCCCAGCCCAGGGGGGCAGUCCUCGUGCAGCAGUGACCACUCACCCCUGGGCAGCACCACCAACAACGACAGCGGCGUGGAGAUGGCAGGAAACGCCGGUGGCAGCUACGAGGACCUGUCCACUCUGGAGGACGUGGUGCCCGGGGAGCCCAUGGGCACCUCGGGGCUCAUGGCCCUGCACAAGCUGGAGAACCUUCGCAUCGACAAACUGAAGCAGCUGAGGAAACCGGCGGCUUCCAAGGGCCUGAACCUGCCACCCAUCCCUGGAGCCGGCCUGCCCGGGGAGGUGCCACCCCCGGCCUCUCACCGCCGCAUCGCCGAGCUGUCGGCGGCCGAGCUGGGCCUGGCGGCGCCGGGCGAGCGCCGCAGCAGCGGCACCAGCACCGUCAGCUCUGCCUAUACCGUCAGCCGCCGCUCGUCCCUGGUGUCCCCGUACCUGUGCCCGGGCGGUGACGCCACGGCGAUGCCCGGCGGGCCGUGCCCGGUGGACGGUUACGGUGCCGCCUCUCCGGAUGAGUCGCGGCGCUCCGGUGAUGCCGGGGGGCUGCCGGGGGUGGGCAGCCUGACCCCGGCACAGCGGUACCGCCUCAAGGCCAAGUACGCCGCGGCCACGGGCGGCCCCCCGCCCACCCCGCUGCCCAGCGUGGAGCAGGUGGCCUCAGGUGGGCACAGCGGCACGCCCGGGGGUUACCCCGCGCCCGCCGGGCCUCGCUGCGUCGCCAACGGCUUCUUGAGAAGGAACAGCUCCAACGAGAGCCCCGGUUACCCGGGCAGCGUGCCCGCUCACAUGGUGCCCCGACACGGCGUGCGACGGGCGAGUGACCCCGCCCGGACGGUGGCCAAGCCUCCGGCCGUGCCCAGAGUGCAGAGGUUUAAGAGCGUGGGCAAUGUGAGUGUGCCGGGCGCGGGCAGGACGGUGCUGCAGCCUCUGGGUGGCUCUGAGGCCAACCUGCAGCGCCACGGCUUCUCCCCACGCCCCCCCAGCAUCACUGAGAACGUCUUCAUGGAGAGCAUGGGGGGCCCUGGCCCCGAUUCCGGCCUGCUGGACAUGGAGCAGUACCUGAGUUAUCCUGAGGAAGGCUUCCCGUGCCAGGGCACUGGCGUGGAGCUCCAGGGUGGCAUCUACGGCGCUCACCGGACCAUGGUGGGGACUCAUGGGGACAUGGAGGAGGGGCUGCUGCAGCAGCCUGAGUUCUCCCUCCCGCAGUGCCAGGUGAACCAGCGCUUCCCCAGUUUGCCUGCUGGGAACAAUGGGGCUGUGCCAGAGCCCUGGGAUGGACCCCCCCAGGCCACGCUCGGGAUGAGCUCCAGACAAAGUGUGGGUGCUCCCACCAUGUCUGGGCCGCACUGUCCUCAUCAAAACAUCGAGUACCCCCAUCCCAGCGCCUGUGGGCAGCAUCCCAGACUGGUGAGCUCAUGCCAGGACCAAGAAUUUUCGGGGGGGCAUCGUUUUAACCGGCUCCAGAUCAAAUCUGAGCAGCGAUACCCAGCGCCGAGCCCAGCACUCACUCCCUGCCCCAGCACCAAGCUGGCCGGGCCCUCAGCAUCCCCCGUUGCCUUUGGGCACAGCAUGGACGUGGGGCAGGCUGGGUACCCCCCUGUGGGGCCCACCCCGGGUGGGUACAUGGGCAUGGCCAGCCCAGGUGCCCGCAGAGCCCAGACCCCCACCCUGCAGACCAAAGAGGUGAUGGUCCGGAACUACGUGGAGGCGCAGCAGGCGCUGCUGUGGGGGGAGCAGCAGCCCCUGUGCAAGGGCAGCGUGGCCGGCGCGGGGCUGGGCAGCGAGCCCGGGCAGUGCCAGGCCGUGCCAGCCCCACCACCGUACCUCAGCCCCAGGUACUGCAGUUACCAACCCAAAGGGGAUCAUCUGCAGAGCCUGGCGGAGCCCCAGCACCUCCUGAGCCCGCCCUGCUUCAACCCCGAGAUGAUCCCACACCCUCCAAGCGGCCCCAAGCCAGCGGCUCACCUGAGCUACCCGAACAGCCUGGCACAGCCUGGGCACGGCUACGAGGGGGUGGACAGCGGUGCCCGGCGCCUGCCACGCCUGCCCCCCGCCCGCCCCGUGCCCGAGGGAGCCGGGAACCUCCCCCUGUACUACCCAGGGCAGGGGGGCAAAGGUGGGCACAAGCUGCUGGGGCAGGGGGCAGCGAGCUGCGGGGGGAGCGGGCACUACGGCCCGGAGGGACUCAAGGGCACCUCCUGUUACUACCUGGACUCUGGGGAGCAGGUGGCCAACAGCCUGGACUCGCUGGACCUGGAGAACACGCACCUUGACUUUGCUGCCAUUGUGGAGGACGUGGAGACCCCCCCGGCGCUGCCCAGACCCCCCAGCCCGGCCGGGGGGCUCCUGGUGCCCUCACAUGGGGGUGCCAACAUGGCAGUGGGGGACAUGAGCUCCAUGCUGAGCACGCUGGCAGGGGAGAGCCACUUCCUCAACUCGCUGUCCUAA